CCGAUACGUUUCCUUACCAGCUGUUUUUAGAAGCGAACUGACGGCAAUUGAAGAUACACGAACAUUAGCAGCUGUGAACAAGUUCAUAACGUGGACAUAGUUGAGCAUAUGGAUAUUUCUAUUUGAAGCAUAUUUUCUUCAGUGAACUUGUAAUUCUUGUCCUCGCAGAACAUCUCCGAUUAACACAAUUAUCUUUAGGAAAUAGUUUUGUUUUCCUCAAGUUCAUCAUCAUGGCAUCCACGGAGUCUGGCGCACGAUUUCAGGUGCUUAGCUACCCGCAGGUUGUGCGGUUAGACGAGGUGCUGACUACCCCUGUUGCCGUGCAUGGAAGGGGCAACUUUCCCACCUUGGAUGUGACUCUCUUGGAUUUAGUGGAAAAUGUUCGUGAAAAACUGGUUGGCAGCAAUAUUGAUGUCCGGUGCAUUCGAAUGAAUGGCGGUGCGGCUAGUUACAUCUUGAGCACGGAAACGAAUCAAUCGUACAACGACUUGGAUUUGAUUUUUGGGGUUGACCUCUCGAAGACGGAGAACUUGGAUAUCAUCCGUGAUGCUGUCUUCGAAUGCCUGCUCAACUUUCUACCCGAGGAUGUUAAUAAGGAACGUAUGACAUCAUGUACCAUGCAGGAGGCUUACACGGAGAAGAUGGUGAAGAUCUACAAUGAUAAUGACCGGUGGAGCUUAAUCAGUCUCUUGAACUUGGCUGGUAAGAAUAUUGAGUUGAAGUUUGUGGAUCUGAUGAGAAGACAGUUUGAGUUCAGUGUGGAUUCCUUCCAGAUUGUUCUUGAUUCUCUCCUGUUCUUCAGGAAGAUAUCCGAAGUGCCCAUGACCAGGCAUUUCUAUCCUUCAGUCGUGGGAGAGAGUGUCUUCGGAAACUUUGAGGAAGCCCUUUACCACCUGCACAAUAAGCUGAUCGCCACAAGAAACCCGGAAGAGAUCCGGGGUGGUGGCCUGCUCAAGUACUGCAACCUCUUGUCACGGGACUACAGCCCUGCUUGUGAGGAGGAGAUCAAGAAAAUGGAGAGGUACAUGUGCUCGCGAUUCUUCAUCGAUUUCUCGGACCUUCUCCAGCAGCACCAGAAGCUGGAAAGCUACCUUAACACGCACUUUGCCGAGGACGUGGACAAGUACGAGUACCUGAUCAUCCUCCGCAGAGUCAUAGACUCAAGCACGGUGUGUCUGAUGAGCCAUGAGCGCCGUCAGACGCUAAAGCUGAUCACAGACUUGGCCCAGAGUGUUCAGUGGUCUCUUGCCUUCCAGUCGCAGUCGAUGCAACCCGUCAACCUCUACUCCCAGCUUCCGAUCGCCUUCGCGGUGCCACCACCACCUCUUCACACCUCCACCACCACCAAACACAACAGCUGGCAUUCCGGAGUUGCCACUUCCCGUCACCACCAACAGUACCACCCACCACACCAUCAGCAGCAACACCACCACAACAAGAACAGCAGUCAAGGAAGACAUCACAACAACAUUCCCUUCAGGUCACAUCAGGGCAGGAACACAUCCUACAACUCCAGCAAUUACGGGAAACCACGAUUCAUUCCACACAUGAACAACUACAGGCAUGAUGCCAAUAAUAAUCACAGCAAUGUGUUCAGAAGUAAUAAUGUUGAUCCAAGGUGGACAAGUUGCUACUAAUGCUCACAUUAAGUCCAUCAAGACUGACUUUAAACCUAUUCUCAUAAUUCUAAUAAUUCUACAAGUGUGCGCUUCCUGCUAUUUAAUCAGAGUGUACAUGAUGUAGAUAUUGUUUCAAAUUAUCAAAAAGAAAAAGCUUUAAAAAAGUACUAUGGAAAUGUUUUAUGUUAUGUCAUAUUUGUGGUGUAUUGAAAUGUUCAAUACUGUUUAUUUUUGGUUUAUGACUCAAACUUGCCAAUUUAUGUUCAGACAAUCUGAGACAGGUAGAUUUUAUUCAGGAAAGAUGAACUAAUAUGAUGUACUCUUUCGCACUUACAACAAUGUACACUGAUUCCAUUAGAAUGUUCAGAUAUUCCUGUCUCCUUUUCCACUAGUAUGUUUGUGGCUCUAGUUUGGAAUGGAGAGGGGUAGCAUUCAGAUGGGACAGUGCUUUUUUUUGUCUCAGGAACACACAUGAUUUAAUAAGAUUUUAUAAUUCCUCUAUAUUACAGUUCAGUUGACAGUUGCCCCACCCAAUCCCCUUUUGAAAGUGUGAAGUAUUGUUGCCUUGGAAUCCUGUUCAUAAAUAUUGUGGGCCAAUUUAAAGUGAUAUCGACUCAUCAAAUGCUUUACCGGUGAAUAGAUUUUGAUUUAAUGGGCAGUAGAGCUUAAAAUAAGCCUUUUCUCCAGAGCAAAUAUGGUGCUAUGAUCCAUGUGCAAAAUUGUGCAUUCAACAGAUAAAAUUAUCUUGAAAUAUGAUAUGCUUGAAGUUUGAAUUAAAAAGAAACUUCUCUUCCUUUCGAUCUGAAAGUAUGUUGAAAUAUUUAAGACCAUUACUGUAUAUUAUUUCCAAAUUCCCAUUGGGUACAAAUUUAUCCUUUGCAUAAAACUGUGAAGCAUUGUAAUUUAUGUUAAUUAUUAAUUAUUAUCCUGUGAAAACCAGGGACAAAAAAACUUGAAAAAAUGAAAUCAGCAUUGUCACAACCUAAAAAUCAGUAUUGUAAAACAUUUGAGCUGACAAUUAUUGGACAAACAUGUUCAGUGACAAUGCAUUUAGUUAUUUAUUCAAACUGGUAGUAAACUUUGCACUUACAGUGUCGAUGCAUCAACAGAACUGAAGGUCUAGGAAAAAUAGGAAUGGGGAAUUCUGGAAUGGUUCUACAUUGUACCCGUCUUUACAAUCUUGUUUCAACCUGUUUACAUGUGUCAAUAUCAGGAUGAUUGCGCCACAAGCCAUAUUGACUGUUAGGAGCCAGAAGGGAAUUGAAUCAGUGUCAAACAAUGAGCUAAUGCCCUUCUUUUUCCGAGCAAAUGAUAUGUACCUGUAAGCCCCCCUUAUGCAAAAGAUCCAGGAAGCUUAUGUACACAAUGGAUGGUUAAAGGUCUGAAUUGUGCAAUUUUUUUUCCUCUCGUGUAUUGUUUCACUUCGAUGGACCUUGGCACAUGUAUGGCUCCAGUCAGCCACAAACAGAUCAGGCAAAAAGCUCCUCCCAAGAGUCGUUCUCAAAUCUCAAGCAAACAAUUUUUUUUUUUAGUGGUGCUCAAUGUAGUGCGUGGGUGGACAGUGGGUGAACCAGUACUGCGGUAAAGUGCCUUGGACUGUUUCCUUGAAUUUGGCAAGGCUUCUUGUAAUUUGUGAGUAAGACGCGUUAAAAGGAUUUUUUGAAUGACUUCUCUCUAACUUGGGUUAAGGGGUUACUUGUAGGCCUAUAACUAAAUGUAUACCAGAUAUUUACAUGUAUGUUUGGCUUUAGUAACCAUUUAUUUUAACCCACAAGGACCUGCUGCAAACUCUUAUUUCUUCAAGAAUAAGAAAUUCCCCUUUUUUUGCAUUGAUGUUCAACUAAUGUACAUUUCAGUAUACCAAUUUGAAAUCUAUUGGUAUUAAAUUCAUCAUGUACAGUCAGUGCUUGGUGUACAUGUACACGGAAGCAUAUUUUUGGGGCCCACCUUUCACUGACUAUGGAAAUAAGGCUUGGUCAAAAUUUUCUUCAGGAACUGAAAGUAACUAAGGACAUAUUGACACCAAAGAUUCAAUGAGGCCAACAUGUACAGUACAGUAGGCCCUACACAUUUUUUCAUCAAACCUUUAACAUUUUAUUCUGUGCUGGCUAUAAGCGGCUCUGUUUAAAGUGAUUUGUUCUGGCUUGAUCAGUGUAAUGUGACAAAGAUGUAAAAGGAUAAUGAGAUUUUUAUAGAAAGGGUUUACUUAAAAUUAGGAGAAAAAGAAUAACAGCCUAGAAAAGCGGUUUAGAUGGCAUUUGCUCUUUGAAGCAUGUCUCCUACCAAACCAUGUACAUGUACACAAGAAAGAGACAAGAAAAUUAGGGUAUCAGGAGCUCAGACCAUUUUGUUAUCUUCCUAAUCCUCUUUUAAUUUUGUGUUUAACUUCACUCAAGUAGAAAACACUCUAGUCAGCUUUUUCCUCACCAAAAAUGACAGGUAUGUGUAUUUGACAAGUCUGUGUGA